CCGAAGCUGUUAGCGGAUAUAUAAGGCGUCAUAACUAGAAAGAGCAGAAGGAUUAGAUCCUUUUGCUCCGGAAAGAAGCUAUUCGGCCCCCAGUACCUCUCGACACCAAUGGCGACUUCGUCUUUGAGCAUCCCACCCGCCAUCGAGACGGAUCCGCUUGACGGCAGAUACGGCGAGCUCAUCGAGAUCAAGAAUAUCGGGAGCAAAGAGUACAUCACGACCGAGUACAGCUUCACCAAGCGCCAGCCUCUUCGCGUCGCUCAGGGUGGCUCAACCGGGUGGCAGUGGGGGCCGCAGCGCCUUCGCAACGAAGCCCUGGUCCUAGACUUCCUUGGCGCCAACACCACCGUCCCAACGCCCAAGCUGUAUGAACACGGCUGCGACAGCCGGGGUCGCUAUUACGUGACCAUGGAGCGCAUUCAGGGCACCCCCCUCUCCGAGAUUGGCAACCAAUGCCGACAGCCAAACGGUGUCCAGCACGUGCGGACGGGGCGAUGCCAAGCUUGCCAGCAGAUAGCUGACGAAAACGCCGAUGCAUUCAUCCAAAGCAACGUCCUUCCCCAGCUUCGGUCGCUCCAGUCUAACAAGACAGGCUUCGACGGAUUCGUCCUGCCACCCCCGCGCAUCGUCGAGACGCGCACUCGCGAGAGCUGGCCAGUCAAGACCUCUAAGUCGAAAAAGUACUCUUUGAUCCACGGAGACCUUGCACGCCACAAUAUCAUGAUGAGUCCAAGUACGCUACAGGUGGAGAAGCUCUUUGACUGGGAGCACGGCGGUUUCUUCCCCCAUGAGAUGGAGCGGGAGGUGUGGUGCGUUCAAGGGCGUGAGUACUACGACCUGUUCAGGAACGAUGAGCUUAUCGAGCACGAGAUUGCUCUUAUUACGCCCUAGUGCACAUGUAGCUAGCACAAUAGCAAGAGCUCAUGGUAAACGGGUAUCAAUUUGCA